AUCUUGACUAUUGGGGAGGAGGCACCAUGGUGACGGUAACCAACGCGGCUCCAUCCGCGCCCAGCCCCUUCAUUCUCUUCACCUGUGAGGAUCACGGCUCCAGUGGUUCGUUCACCUAUGGUUGUUUGGCGUUGGGCUAUUCCCCUGCGGGCGCCAGUGUUUCUUGGAAGAAAGAUGAUAAACAACUGACCACCGGAGUGAAGGACUACCCGGCAGUGUUCAAUAAGUUGGGAACUUACACCCGGAGCAGCGAGUUAACCAUCACCGAGGCGGAGGCAGGGAGAGGCGACAUCUUCUGCGUGGUUCAGCAUGACCAAAAAGACUAUGUAGCGAAAGUACCAGACCGCGAGGUACAUCACCCUACCAUCACCAUUACCAUAAGUGCCCUUGAUGAAAUCAAGCGCAGCAGAAAGGCGAUCGCCGUGUGUUUGGUCAACGAUUUCACUCCAGCGAAAUUUACUGUGAACUGGCUGAAGAAUGGCGAACCAUUGGAUUCUGGCAUCGUCACCUCUCCCGCCUUCCAGGUGAACGGUAACGGUAACUUCUCGGCGACCAGCCAGUUGACAUUCCCAGCUACAGAGUGGUUCAAAGGUUCCGUCUAUACCUGCCAAGUCAACCAUGAAAAAGAUUUGAAAAGCCAAAACAUCAGUAGAUCUCCAGUUGAUGAUUCCUGCGGUGAACCGAAGAUUACAAUCCUUCCUCCACCUGUUGAACAAGAGUUAAUGGAGAUGACCGUAACAUUAACCUGUCGGGUAUCCGGUGCACCUUAUGGUAUCAAAGUAUCUUGGAACCACGAAAAGGUACAUUUGGAAUCAGAGAUCCAGCCCACAGGACAUGCAGAUAUCGUAGAGCGCAAAGUCAACAUUUCAACUCGUGACUGGCUGAGUGGGGAUGAUUUCGAAUGCGUGGUGAGCCAUGAUGAUAUGCCGACUCCAAAAACUGAACAAAUCAACUGGAAGAAAGGUCAACAUCUGCUGACACCGUCCGUCUCAGUCCUUCUGCCGCCGACAGAAGAAAUCUCCGCGCACAAGACUAUCACCCUCACCUGCUUUGUGAGAGGAUUCUCCCCACGCAGGGUGUUUGUCACGUGGACACUUGAAGACAAGCGGGUGGAUGAGAGCAUGUACAAGAACACCGAGGUGGAGGCGGAGAACGGCAAUGACACCUUCUUCACCUACAGCCUGUUAUCCAUUGGGGCAGAGGAGUGGGCUAGCGGCGCCUCCUUCUCCUGUCUAGUGGGGCACGAAGCAAUCCCCAUGAAGACCAUCGUCAGAACGGUCAAUAAGUUCAGCGGUAAACCCAGUUUUGUCAAUGUUUCCCUUGUAUUGAUGGAUACUGUCAAUUCCUAUUACGCCGACAAAGUUCCUCUUGAGGAUUAUGAGGAAGACAGGGACAACAUCUGGACAACCGCUUCCACAUUCAUUAUCCUGUUCUUCCUGAGCAUUUCCUACGGUGCUGCCGUAACUCUGGUGAAGGCCGUGUCUCGGGCUCUCAGCAGCGCACGUACCUCUGCAGUCAUCCAUGGUUUACGGUUGGGGACGUGUGGUGAUGAGCUUGGUGACAGUAAUGUCAUCAAUGUUUUAAGCCACGAGAGCAUGAAGCCCAGCAAAUUGAAGAUCCAUUUGGAGUCUUGUCACAGCAACCUGGCAAGGAAGGGCGUGGACUAUUUCAAACCAUGUGGCCUUUGCCUUGCAGCGGCUCCAUCCGCGCCCAGCCCCUUCAUUCUCUUCACCUGUGAGGAUCACGGCUCCAGUGGUUCGUUCACCUACGGUUGUUUGGCGUUGGGCUAUUCCCCUGCGGGCGCCAGUGUUUCUUGGAAGAAAGAUGAUAAACAACUGACCACCGGAGUGAAGGACUACCCGGCAGUGUUCAAUAAGUUGGGAACUUACACCCGGAGCAGCGAGUUAACCAUCACCGAGGCGGAGGCAGGGAGAGGCGACAUCUUCUGCGUGGUUCAGCACAACCAAAAAGACUAUGUAGCGAAAGUACCAGACCGCGAGGUACAUCAUCCUACCGUCACCAUUACCAUAAGUGCCCUUGAGGAAAUCAAGCGCAGCAGAAAGGCGAUCGCCGUGUGUUUGGUCAACGAUUUCACUCCAGCGAAAUUUACUGUGAACUGGCUGAAGAAUGGCGAGUCAUUGGAUUCUGGCAUCGUCACCUCUCCCGCAUUCCAGGUGAACAGUGACGGUAACUUCUCGGCGACCAGCCAGUUGACAUUCCCAGCUACAGAGUGGUUCAAAGGUUCCGUCUAUACCUGCCAAGUCAACCAUGGAAAAGAUUUGAAAAGCCAAAACAUCAGUAGAUCUCCAGAUGAUGAUUCCUGCGGUGAACCGAAGAUUACAAUCCUUCCUCCACCUGUUGAACAAGAGUUAAUGGAGAUGACCGUAACAUUAACCUGUCGGGUAUCCGAUGCACCUUAUGAUAUCACAGUAUCUUGGAACCACGAAAAGGUACAUUUGGAAUCAGAGAUCCAGCCCACAGGACAUGCAGAUAUCGUAGAGAGCAAAGUCAACAUUUCAACUCGUGACUGGCUGAGUGGGGAUUAUUUCGAAUGCUUGGUGAGCCAUGAUGAUAUGCCGACUCCAAAAACUGGACGAAUCAACUGGAAGAAAGGUCAACAUCUGCUGACACCGUCCGUCUCAGUCCUUCUGCCGCCGACAGAAGAAAUCUCCGCGCACAAGACUAUCACCCUCACCUGCUUUGUGAGAGGAUUCUCCCCACGCAGGGUGUUUGUCACGUGGACACUUGAUGACAAGCGGGUGGAUGAGAGCAAGUACAAGAACACCGAGGUGGAGGCGGAGAACGGCAAUGACACCUUCUUCACCUACAGCCUGUUAUCCAUUGGGGCAGAGGAGUGGGCUAGCGGAACCUCCUUCUCCUGUCUAGUGGGGCACGAAGCAAUCCCCAUGAAGACCAUCGUCAGAACAGUCAAUAAGUCCAGCGGUAAACCCAGUUUUGUCAAUGUUUCCCUUGUAUUGAUGGACACUGUCAAUUCCUGUCAAUGA